AUGCCUUCAACUCCUACCCACGACUUCCUCCACGACCUCCCCAAGUGCGAGCAUCACAUCCACAUCGAGGGCACCCUCUCACCCGACCUCCUCUUCUCCCUCGCUUCGGCCAACAACGUCGCUCUCCCCGUCGAGCAUGACCCGUCCUUCGCGUCGCCGGCGGCCCUGCGGUCGCGCUACGCCCGCUUCUCGUCCCUCGAUGACUUCCUGCACUACUACUUCAUCGGCUUCACCGUCCUCCUGACCGCCGACGACUUCGAGCGCCUGACGUACGCCUACCUGGAGGGCGCGUACGCCCACGGCCUCCGCCACGCCGAGGUCUUCUUCGACCCGCAGGCCCACACGGACCGCGGCGUGAGCUACGAGACCGUGGUGGCCGGCAUGUCGGCCGCGCGGGCCCGCGCCGCCUCGCAGCUCCCCGACCUGUCCGUGAUGCUGAUCCCCUGCGUUGUCCGCCACCUCCCCGUCUCUUCCGGCCUGGAGAUGCUCCGCACCGUCGUCGACGCCGGUCACUUCCGCGACGGCACCGUCGCCGGCCUCGGACUCUCCUCCACCGAGAAGGGCAUGGACCCCGCGCGCUUCGCCCCCAUCUACGACGCCGCCCGCCGCCACGGCGUGCCCCGCCUCACCGCUCACUACGGCGAGGAGGGCCCGGCCGCCUACGUACGGGACGCCCUCUCCGUCCUGGGCGUGAGCCGCAUCGACCACGGCAGGAGGGUCGUCGAGGACCCCGACCUGGUCGCCGCCCUGGCCGAGAGCCGCACCCUGCUCACCUUGUGCCCCGUGUCGAACGUCGUCCUCAGGGGCGUCGACCGCGUCGAGGACGUUCCCGUCCGCGCCCUCCUCGACGCCGGCGUGCCCUUCAGCAUCAACAGCGACGACCCGGCCUACUUCGGCGCCGACCUCGUCCAGAACUAUUACGCCGUCCAGGACGCCUUCAACCUGUCCUUUGACGAGUGGGAGACCAUUGCGCGCUCUGCCAUAGACGGGAGCUGGUGCGAUGAUGCGAGGAAGACGGUCCUGCAUGGCAUGGUUACCGACGUCAUUGGAAAGUGGAAGAGCCCUUGA